UUCUCCCAGGAUUUUUGUGUCCACGCGGUUCGUGACCGAGCAUUCUCUCUUUCAUCGUACAGCCCCGCUGUUAAAAUGGGUAUUGACAUUAACCAUAAAAAUGAUCGCAAGGUUCGCCGUGUCGAGCCAAAGUCACAGGAUAUUUACUUGCGUCUUCUCGUCAAGUUAUAUCGUUACUUGGCAAGACGUAGCGAAGCCAAAUUCAACAGGAUUAUCCUGAAGCGUCUGUUUAUGAGUAAAAUCAACAGACCACCAAUUUCAUUGGCUCGUGUUGUUAGAUUCAUGAAAAAACCCAACCGUGAAGGAUGCAUUGCAGUCAUUGUUGGUACUGUUACUGACGACGCUAGAAUUUUCGAAUGCCCGAAAAUGACAGUAUGCGCUCUCCGAGUCACUGCUAAAGCACGCGGACGUAUCCUUAAGGCCGGAGGUGAGGUGAUAACUUUUGACGAAUUGGCAAUCAGAGCACCAACUGGUAAAAACACCGUUCUUAUGCAAGGACGUCGUACUGCAAGAGAAGCUUGCAAACACUUUGGACCGGCUCCUGGUGUUCCGCACUCGCACACAAAACCAUUGGUGCGUUCAAAGGGUAGAAAGUUCGAGCGAGCCCGUGGACGUAGGCGCAGCUGUGGUUACAAGAAGUAA